GUUUUUUUUCUGAAAAGAAAAUAUUUAGUUUUACUUUUCUUGCACAUCAGACUGGGGUUUCCAUCUAUCACUCAUGCCAGAUAAACCCACAGAUCUGGCACACACACGCCAAAUGACUCUUGUGCUGUAAACAACGUCUAAUGAACACAUUUAUGCAGCAGACUGUUGUAUCAAUUGUUGUAUUAAUUAUACAUAUUUUAUGUAAAACGGGACAAAAGUCAAAUACCUUUCUCUCUGUUCUUUGUAGUAUAUUUCUCUAUUUAGAAGUUUUUUUUGGAAAAAUACAAAACAUUACACUACAAAUAUUAAAACUAAACUAGAACUAGAUGUAAGCCCAAGGGUUCGCCUAACUGCCCACCAUUACAUAACUGAAACAUUGAUGAGAAAUGGUGCUUCACCAUAAACAAACAAACAAAGAACUGAAUGUUGUUUGUCUUCAAAAUAUCAUGACAUAAUCUUUUUUUAUGGACAUCAACUCCCGUGCUUCAUUGAAAUAGGCAACUAUCAGAAAAUAGUGCUGAAAAGGCAGACAUUAAUUUUAUGUUAUUUUAUCUAUCAUUUGUAGAAUAUGGCUGCAAGAAAAAUAAUCUAUCACUGGUCUGAGUCUCCUGUGGGAAUUCCAAGCCCAUGGUUAACUGUUUAGGCAGUAACUUGAUUAACUUAGAGCCUCUUCACGGCCUAACAACUACCUUGAGCCUGAAAUUUCCAUCUGCAACAACAACCAUUGACAGAUUAUUUCACAAUCACCCAUCUGGAUGCUGAAUUUUACCAUUCUGAAUUCCUGAAUGACUUUCCGUACACUGAUGUUUGUACCUGGAGCCACUUAAUCCAAUUACAAAUACCAAAUAUAACAGCAUUAAAUCUAAAAGGCUGUUAAUAAUGAUGACUAAAUCAGGGUCAAUAUUUUUUUCUGCCAGCACUCCUGCGUAGGACUAGGAACAGCUGUUGGAAUGGGUUCCGACAAAUAGUGAUGGCAUUUAACCUAUAUCUCUUGCAAAGAGGCAAAAACAGUGUUCAGUCACAAGUCUUUUAUUGGAUAUAUAACAUUCAAGAAGUAAAACAUUCAAUAGUUCAGAAAGUAUUCCUACAUGUCUCCAGAAGUUACUGUUCUAAGAUUUAUAAAGUCAGAAUAAAUUAAGGAUUGAGGAACCGAGCAUUCAAUAAAUAGAGAAUAUUACAUGAGUGUCUUUUCGUAUUGAAUUUAUUAAACAAUUUGAAUAACAUUAUAAUAUGUGAGGCUCUGCCACGCAUUUAUCAAUUUUAUUCAAUGAGUUUAAUAAAUCUAAUCAGGAAAGACACAAAUGUGAUGUCCUUUUUAUCACAUGUAAGCUUUUCCUGCAGAAUCAUCAAAAUAUACCAAGUAAAUUCGUCUAAUGCUCCAAAACUUAAAAUUACAUCCAUGUCAAAACUUUAUUACACUAGUGCAAUACCAAAUUGAUGUAACGGCUUUAUAAUUAUUACACUCCCUUGACAUCAAACAUGUGAUGAAGGGGUUUAUUGUCAUGGAGAAAAGACUGACAAAUGAGAAGCUGAAGCCACUGAAUACCAAUACAUAUCGAUCAUUAUUGUAGUAUCAAUAUAUAUUCAUACAGGUAUUGAAAUAUACUGUGAUUAAGGUCUACAAAUAAACUACAUGCAACAAAAUGAAUACAGGCUGAUUCGGCCCAAAUUUACUUGGCUUAUUCGGCCCAGAUUGUUCCUGACACUAAUAUCAUGAGUAAAAAUAACAUUUAUGAGUAUUAAGUUUAAUUUCUAAUGUAAAGAAUAAUUAAAAUGCUUAUCAGAUCAGGGAUUUUUUAAGGCUGAUUUUGGGGCCGAUUAUGGGCCCCAUCCCAAUAGCAAAAUUUGCUUAUUUUCCCAAUUCUUAGGUUUAAAUUUCCUAAAAUUUUAGUGACCAUUGAGUGUCUGCGAGUUUCUCACUGAAGAAAUACCAGAAAAUUUAGUAGACACUUUCAAAAGACAAAAAAUAUAAAACAAAAGACUUGUAAUAUGACAUCAAAUAAUAACAAUGCUGAAAUAAAGUUUGUAUGAUGGUAAAACUUAUUUUUUGUAUUUCCCAAUUUUCAGGUUUUACGCACCAUUUUUCCCAACUGAAUGGGCCCCGGCCCCAGUUUCUAAACAGUAAAAAAAUCCCUGCAGAUGCAUAACUGAUGCAUUUUAGCUAGUCAAAACUUCUUACCUGCUUGUACGGUGUAUAUAUUUUAUGUUACGGUAUAAGUCCAUGUUUUAGAGGAAAAAGUUCGAACGUCAUCAAAUCAUAGAAAGAAAGCAUUGUUUUACAUGAAAAUUUAACAGCGUAUAAAACAUUUAUAUUAUUCUACAAAACCAUUGUCAAUUUGCUGAUAUAUGUAAUGAAUUCCAGAAAGAGACUGCAUGAAGGGGCCACACUUCUGGACAGUUCAGCGGCUUUAAAAACUCACCAUUUUUAAAAAGCUGUUACAGGUCUUCAUUUUGAUGCAUUUGCAACAUCAUGCGAGUGUUUAAACUUUACAUAACUAGGUAAAACAACAUUUUUUGACAACUGUUUAAAUUUUUUCUUUACAAAUGGCAUUCUUAUUUAAAGGGGGACAACUCAUUAAGAGUAGUUUAAUUAAGUAUCCAACUCUGUAGGACAGAACAGUAAAACGUGUAUUGGACAGGUAAGUUGUUUGUCAUGGUGCUGUUCAUUUACUAAAAAAAAUCUGUUGUUUUGUGAUAUACUGCUAAACCUUAAACGUCCUUUUGUCAAGUUAAAUCCCUAUUAUCAACAUUAUUUCCUGAACAUUACUGAAUCAUACAAAAUAUAUGGUCCUUAUUGACUCGUUAAUCAGUUUGUGGUUCAAAUCAGCCAAAAUAUAUGGCAAUUUUCUAUUUUUAUUCAAAGUAUUUGGUCCGAAUCAGUCAAAAUAUUUGGUCCAAAUCAGUCUGGGCCGGAUAAGCCAUGGUCCGAAUCAGCCAUGGCCUGAAUCAGCCAAAAUCAUUGUUUUUUGUAAAUUCAAAUAAUAUUCAGUCUUUAGUUGUUGUCAAAACCAUUUUAAAGACAUGUAAGAUUAAAUUUAUCUUUAACUUGUUUACAUAUAGAUUUUACAUUUUCGAUUAUUAUCCUGGUGAGCACUAGAUCUAUACAUAGAGCUCCGAAUUGGCCACCCCUAUCGGGCCUCAGUCAAAGGGCAGCAUGUCAAUACAUGCAAUCAGCUGUUUAGAGGGAGUAGAGGCUAUGACUAGCAUGACUAGCUGAUACCCUUGUCCGCUUGGAAAGCUGGAAACCAAGCAAAUACGGAAGUGGAAAAAAAUGGCAAGUUACUUACUUCCAAAUCUGUCUUCUAAGCACGAAAUUGAUAACAUCAUCAGAUCAACAGAAGAACUAGUAUUGGUACUUAGAUUCGGAAGAGAAAGCGACACGGUUUGUUUGCAGUUGGAUCACAUUUUAUCUAAGGCUGUGGAUGAUUUAGCUAAGAUGGCACGUAUUUACACGGUAGAUGUUGACAGUGUACCAGUCUACACAAGAUACUUCGACAUCACAUUGAUACCAGCAACCAUCUUUUUCUUCAAUGCACAACAUAUAAAAGUUGAUUGGGGGACAGCGGACCAUACAAAGUUUAUAGGAACUUUCAAGAAGAAACAAGACUUUAUCGAUGUUGUAGAGACUAUUUACAGAGGGGCAAUGAAAGGUAAACUGAUGGUUCAUAGUCCACUAGAUCCAGAGUCAUUGCAGAAAUAUGAGCUUGUUUUUAAGGAGUUUUAGCUGACUGCUUUGUCAGAGUCUGCGAACUUAAAGCAGACCAUAAGAGACAGCUGACCAGGAGCUGAACAGGAGGUAUAUGUACAACAGACCAAGAGGUACAGCCAAGCUUCAGAUGUUGAAGUUCUGAUAAGAAAUGGGAUUUCUGUAAACCAGAGGUUGUCUUGACUGCUUUGUCCAGAAAUCUUGUGGAAAUACUAACUAGUUUUCAUGUUUUAGAUAACUGCAAAACUGUAGUUUUCUUAUAGCCAGGUCAGAUAUAAACAAAACCCAAAAAAGGUUUUCAAAAGUUCCUAAAUGAAUAAAGUGAGCAGAGACUUGCGAUACAGUAUUCAGUUUCAAGUGGAAUGAGAUAAUUAAAGACAUUUAUUUCUAAACUAAUAAAGUGAUAAGAUUCAGUGUCCAAAUAGAUAAAGAGAAGAAAGACUUUAGGUACAGUACUGAAUCUUCAAAUGAAUAAAAACAUUAAACUGAUAAAAGACUUCAGAUGCAAUAUUUAGUCUUCAAAGGAAUAAAGUGAAGAAAGACUUUAGAUACAGUAUAUAGUCUUCAAAUGAAUAAAGUGAAGAAAGACUUUAGAUACAGUAUAAAGUCUACAAAUGAAUAAAGUGAAGAAAGACUUUAGAUACAGUAUAAAGUCUACAAAUGAAUAAAGUGAAGAAAGACUUUAGAUACAGUAUAAAGUCUACAAAUGAAUAAAGUGAAAAAAGACUUUAGAUACAGUAUAAAGUCUACAAAUGAAUAAAGUGAUGAAGGAUUUAAGAAAAAGUAUUUAAUUUUCAAAGAAAUCAAGUUAAGAAAGACUUUAGAUACAGUAUUUAGUCUUCAAAUGAAUAAAGUGAAGAAAGACUUAAGAUACAAUAUUUAGUCUCCAAAUGAAUAAAGUGAUGAAAGACUUUA